UCCUUUUUCCCGUCCUGUCAGUUGGAACUCAGCAAGACUAAUGUCAACACCACACACACACCAGACCUUUAAAAAAUAACCAGUUUCCCGUAAGUUUCUAAUGGACCCAUUUAAGUGAAAAGUGCUCUUUCCGUUGGUCUUUGGAUUAAUCCACGUGGUUUCCACAUAGACCUUCACUCACCUCAAGCCCUUAACACGUAACUACAUCAUGGAUUUCAAUUCUCGAGGUGGAGGCGGUUGUUCCAAUUCUUGGGCAACGGGGGAUAACUCAGCCCAUCGGACGGAUUGGCAAGUCACGCCCCCAAAUGAGGAGGCUGGGAAGAGGAACCAGAACGAUUAUUCCUACUCAUCGUCGGCUGCAUCGGGCUCCGGAAAGGCCUACAGUCCAGACGGAGAUGAUUUGGUCAAAGUGGUUCUCUUGGGAGCACCUGGCGUGGGAAAGACCGCCAUUGUGCAACAAUUUGUAUGGGGGAAUUUUGAACCAUCGUACUUCCCUACAUCCAAGAAGGAGACCUAUUAUCCCUCGGUGGUGCUCCAUGAUCAGAAUUAUUCCCUGAAGAUUGUGGACAUCCCAGAUAUUCCUUACUUUCCCGUCAAUUCCUUCUACAAUAUAUCUGAUCUUCAAGGAGAGUAGAGAACAUGGGAGAGAUAACAAUCUCGUUUCUCUCAUAACCAUAGACAUGAAUGAUUUAUUGAGGGUCGGGGCCUCAGUUUCGAGCCUCUUGAGUAGGGCCUUAUUGGAACAUCGAGAUCAAGAAGUUCCAGAAUAUCUGUAAAACAACUUCUUCUCGUGUGAGCUCGGAUUUAGGUGGCUCGAAAACAAUGCUGAACUUUUGAAAUUGGGAAAGGGACCCUCUGGUGUUCAGAUAGGAUCAAAUUUAGAACCCUCCUGGCUGGCGGCACACUUUCAAGGCUCGAGAAAAUAAUUGUCAAACUAGUUUCACGCUGCCCGAACAGAUGCAAUGAAGCUAUCAAGUUUCUCUUAGAUCACGGCAAACUUUGCCAAACACACGGCUUCGCUUCCAAAGUUCAAGCCAAAACCACUUAAAGGGGAACCGUAUGAUGCGGAAAGUGUGUACACGUUCAAGUACCCACAAUUGCUGGACUUGGCCCAAGUGCCCACCACUACUUUCUGUACACGCACAGCAUCAUUGACAGAAGCUUUCUCGUGAAAGCACUUUUCGAGGAUGUGGUUGUUGGUGGCGGCUGCAGUAAGCUCAUACUGAAGGUCGAAUAUAAGUGAUUCAUUCACUUGACUUCACAACUAGCCGAGGAGUGGUAACUUGCAAAACUUCGGUCAGACUUCACGCCUGCGCCGAUUCUGUUCAAAGACCCUUCCAAAAGCUUGUUGAAGGUUGAAGAUUUACGGGUAAAGAUGCCUUGACUUUGGGGUCUGAGACUCAAUUUAGACCCUUGCCUUCUAGCGACUAACCCUUCACUUUUCACAAGGGCAACACAUAUUUAGGGCCACUUUACUUGGCCUUAAGGGCACAUUUCGACCUUUUCGUGGCCUCCACAACUUGUUCUAGACGGAGGAAGCCUGAGAAUUAGUGGUCAUUGGGUCACUGAAUGACAUCAUCCUGACCACAAAUUGGAUUCAAACUCUAUAGAUCGGCAGUUUUCCAGACCUUAAUGAACCAUCCUAGUUACCUAGUUCCAAGGAGUCUAGAUUUGAGCAAUGGCAUUGUUUUCCCACCCUUGGUGGGAAAUAAAGGCCGCACGGCUUUUGUGAUCUGGUUUGACUCUAGAACUCCGUUCAUGAUCCUUCACCUCAAAGUGCGUGGUACACCUCUCCAACAUUUCCAUCUCCAAUGUAGGACCAGAAAUCCGAUACUGGCUGAAAUGUGCCAUAGAACGGACAAAGACCACUUUACCAUGGCUCGAACCAUGCAUAUCGUAUGAAAGAGUUGGUUUCUUCGAUCAAUAAAAAGACGCUCUUCCGCAUUCGUCUAUAGGUUAAUGCGACUGGGGGCCUUCGAAGGACACGGAAGACGUAAUUUGAUUUUGCCCUUUGAAAAAAGUUAUUCUUUGCAUGCAAGAAUGCCAUUAUCGUAGCGAAUGGAAUUUUGGAUCUAGUCUUUUGGAACCUCUCGUGGGGACUACUGAAUGGGGGUCUUUAUUCUCCCGGCUCGCAUUGUACUGCUGUAGUUGUAAUCUGUUCUUUAUUUCCCUCCCAUGUUACUUGAUCGAGACAACGCUAACCUUGACAACAUGACAUGUCAUUGAGCGAAGAUCUUAGAGCUUCUGUCAUUAAUACCACAACCUUGAAGAUCCCACGUAGUACGUACAUAAAAAAGGAAGGAGCUCAGAACAGGAAACAUGUUGUUGAACGCUGUUUGUCACGGGUUCAGGACCUUUUGGGUCAAAAUACUACAAUUGCAUUUCCUCGAACAAACGUCAGCCACUUGACAGACGAUGAUCGAUUUCGGAGAGAACCUCAAGAAUGCCUUUUCUGCUGGCUUUGAAGAAUGGAUCACUGGAUCCCUCGUUGACAGUGUUACAAUGGGUUGGAGAGGGACUCAACAAUUGAGAUAUGUCGGGAGAGAUCUGUAAUGAUGCGGUCGAGCAUUUUCUCAAAGAGCCAGGUCACUUUGAUCCGUUCACUUGGCUGGCCAAUGAGCCUUGAAUGAAAAAGGCCAAAGGAGUUCAAUGGGUUGUUACACAUCCCAUAAAGUAUCCCGCCAGCAUCCCCGCCAUCACAAUGGACCAUACUGUACUAAAAUCGAGAAUUCAUGUCUAUGGUAUUCAAUAACUGUUCCUUUUGCCUUUCCUCGACGAAACAGCUUAUGGGUUAAGGGAUGCCAAUGCGUACGUGUUGGUCUAUGACCUGCUCGCUCCGGACUCGUUUGACUACAUCACGAACCUGUUCAACCAGAUCAGCGAGUCCCGAGACCUUCAUAAGGUGCCGGUGGUUGUGGUGGGGAACAAGACUGACAAGGUCAAUUGCACAGGACGGUCGUCUUUCGAUAAGUACUCGUGGUCCUCGGGUGGAUCCAAGCAUAGAAGCAGUCCGGGAAAGAGUCACCACCAUGACCAUCAUGAUAGCUUUCAUGACCACCACGAUCACCAUCAUCACGAUAACGAUCACCACCAUGACGACUUCCACAACUACCGCUCCUCGUCGUCGUCUUCCAAAUAUUCGAAGCACUCAAAGCACCACGGACGAGGUAAUAAGUAUGGUCGUGAUAGUCACAAGCACAAUAGUUGGGGCGAUCACGGCCACCACAACGGCCACGGAGGAUACUACGGAUCCCAUUCGGGCAAGUCCUAUCGGCAGCCUCGCAAAUUUGUCGUUCAAUACGAGGAGAAUAACUUCCUUGAGCGCGAUAUUGCCGACAAGGUCAAGUCCGAGUGGAAUGCUAUCUACAAGGAAUGUUCCGCCCAUGAGGCGGAAUCGGUUAGCAGUAUAUUCCGAGCUCUGAUGGAGGUCAUUGAGGAGAAUGGUGUGGAUAACGGUAUGGAGGACGAGGAACCGAGGAAAUGCACAAUUCUGUGAUUUGUCAGAAUACUGGCUUUCGGGUCCAAUGUCAUGUUUUCUUUGUCUGUCGGUCCCACAACAAAAAACUAUUGGAUCUAUUCUCUGAUCUAGAAGCUCCCACUCCGAUCACAUGUACAUACUGCAUAUGUAGUACAUGCAUACAUAUGCUGCUACUACUCCUACUAUUAUGACUAAAGCCACCACAACAACAGCAACUACGUGUACACCUACUGACGUGAAUCAAAAUACAAUAGUGCACACAAAAGGAUCUCGAACUCUGCCUAGUCUAGUUGUCCAUUGCCCUUGUGACUGUGAGUCUUCAAUUGUAGAUUUGUGAGCAUUUCAAUGUCUCUCCCAGAACCAGUUGUUGUUAGCAUUACUCUCUGUACAUAACACUACCUACAUGAUGAAGUUGUGAUACAGUGUCAAUCAAGAAUGGACUCUCUCAGCAAACUCAUCAUCGGAUCCAAAAUUCCCCUCAUGUGUUCCAAGUUUACAAUGCCGUAUAAGUCAUCUAUGCAAUAAAUGUGGAUAUGAAAACUUA